CUGUGUCUUCCGCCUCAGUUGAGCUUCCGGCGCGAAGGUCACGGACAAGAUGGUUCCCCCAGUUCAGGUCUCUCCGCUCAUCAAGCUCUGCAGAUACUCAGCCCUGGUCCUCGGCAUGGCCUACGGCGCCAAGCGAUAUAGUUACCUAAAACCCCGGGCAGAGGAGGAGAGGAGGGUGGCAGCGGAGGAGAAGAAGAGACUAGAUGAGCUGAAACGGAUUGAGAGAGAACUGGCGGAAGCUCAAGAUGACAGCAUACUCAAGUGAAGCGCCAGUGAGCUUGCCUUUCCUUUAGUUGCUGAGGAUGAAUAAAGCUUUGUUGUGUGA